UUGAUAAUGAAGGAGGCAGAAACAACCCAGAGGGCAGAAAGGCUGUAUGAGCGUCUCCUGGAGGCUAUGAUGCUAGAUCAACCGCUCUGCUUAAAGUGACAGUUGAUAACAACGGAGCUGCUGCAGUGGUGAGAAGGGCGUUGGGUGAGCAGUGAGGAACAGCUGGGAGGUUCACCCCUUGUAUCUCAUUCUGGGCCAGCUCUCGCCGCCCGUGCGGUCGCUCAGCAACGGGCAGCAGUGGUCUCUGGGCAGCGGAGGCCGCCAUGGAGCAGCGCAGCCCCUCCACCCGCUCACAGGACAUCUCCCACUUGCUGAGCAGCACCUUCAAGGACCUGUACACUGGAGAUGUUAUAGGGGCGGACAUAGAGGCAAACUGGCUCAAGUCCCGAGGAGGAGAUGAUGCUUAUCACGAGGCCUUUACAGAGGAGCUGCAGAAGCUUGUAGCAGAGUAUAACCGCCGACUGACAGAAGCUGAUAUAGUAGAAGAGAACAUCAUUCAGGCACAGGCUCAAGCAAAAGCUGAAGAAGAAAGGGCCCUAAAUGUGCUUAAGGGAGAUGCUGGGAAAGACUUCCACAAAAUGGGAUUACCACCAGUGGCAUCUUCUUUUAGGUGGAUUGUGGAUAAUGAACUUCUCAGAAAAAACCAUUUAACCUGUCCUGAUGAUUACAUCACUGAUAGAUUACCUGUUACUAGAGCACCCAAAGGAAAACCAGAACCUGGCUAUGUCAAGGAGACAUUCAGUUUUAAGCAGCGCAUUUCCUCACAUUCAUGUGAACGGAUGUCUGCGCACCUCCAGAAAAUAACUGGUCAUCUACCAAGUGUUUCUUUAUCCACAUUAACUCUACCUUCAACUCCAGACUCUUACCACCAGACCAAAAAGACCAGUAAGAAAUCUAGUGCCUGGCAGAAGGCAGACUGGAAAGGCAGUCAGUGCAAAGCAGAGAAAGAAGAAGAGCGUGCUUACCUUGCCAAGCUUGAGAAAAGACAGAAUUUUCUGAAGAAUCCCCGCUUUUUCCCACCAAAUGCUCUUCAUGGAGGCAAAUCUCUUGUCAUGUCUCAAGGACAGGUGGAACAGAUCAUAAGCAGCAGAGAAGCAGAAUGUAACACAGGUGAUACCUCAUUUGUUCCUGUGUUUCUUGCCAAUCCACCCACUGUGUUGUUCUCUGAUUAUAAAGUUGGCCAGGUUUAUGAGGUGACUGUAGAGCUACAGAACAUCACUUCAACAUGUCACCAUGUAAGAGUCAUUCCUCCCUCUACUUCAGUGUUUGCCAUUGGGCCAGGAAAAUUUCCAGGAAAGGGAGGAAUGAUUGCUCCUGGGAUGACCUGCCAGUAUACAGUCCAAUUUGUUCCUGACAGUCUAGCAGACUAUGAAGAUCAUAUAUUAGUGGAGACUCAAGUAGCGGAACCUCUUCUGAUCCCAGUUCAAGCUAAAAGACCACCUCCAGUGCUAACACUGCCUCGUAUUAUAGACUGUGGUUUCUGCCUUGUUGGAGGAAUAAAAGCAAUAGUGUUUGCAUGCAGAAAUGAGGGAUUUAGCACUGGGAAGUUCUGCAUAAUGCCACAAGAGGCCUGGCCACCUCCUAAUUUCAGGGCUGUUGCCACUCUUGGUUCUGUGAUACAGGAUCCAUUUGCGAUCUAUCCUGCUGUUUUUGAGCUAGCUCCAGGUCAGAGUACAAUAGUGAAGGUAAUGUUUUUCCCUUCUUUGCCAGAAGUCUCACAACGAACAUACACCAUUGUUUGUGACAACUGCCAGGUCAAUGAUAUUACAGUCACAGGGGUUGGACAGCUGAUAGCUCUGGAGCUUCUGCAUGUUACAGGCGGAGAAAGCAGCCCUGAACCUGGUGAAGUCACUGAUGUAACAGCUCAGCACCUCAUACGAUUUGACCCCCAGAACCCACACACCACCACACAGAAGAACUUGGUUAUAAGAAACUCUACCCACGUAGAACUUCCUUUUUACUGGCAGAUAAUAAAGCCCAAUCUGCACCCAGUAUUGCCAGGAGAAACUGCACACUCCGUGACACUUGAGUACAACCGAGAGACGGAGUUGGCUUUCUCCCUGAGUCCUGAGCAGGGAGUUCUGCUUCCCCACGCUGAUCAUGACUUUACCCUCACUUACACUCCACAGGAGCUGAAGAUUUACCACAGUGUGAUACAGCUGGUUCUGAGGGACAUCCCAGAAUCACCUGGUUUUGUAAAGGAGAGAAUGCUCCAAAACAUCCCAGAAUACCUAGCAGAGGAUGUAAUAGCACUGGAUAUAGAAGUGAAAGGAUCCACGGAGCCAUUUCAGCUUCUUCUGGAACCGUACGCCAUUAUCAUCCCCGGAGAAAGCUUUCUUGGUGUAAAUGUCAGAAGGACAUUUAAGAUGUGGAAUAACAGCAAGUCAUUGAUCAGGUAUACAUGGGAGAAUAUCACAGUCUGUGCCAUUAUGGAAGUUGAACCUCUUACUGGUGUCAUAGAUAUGAAUAAAUGCUGUGAAUUUGAACUGAUGAUUACUGGAAUCAGACCUGGGUGUGUCAGCCAUAACCUGCAGUGUCAAAUUGAACAUUCUGCAGAGCCAGUUGUGCUGCACAUUGAGGCUGCUUUUAAGGGUCCUCUUCUUCAUAUUGGUGUUCCCUCACUCCGCUUAGGUUUGAUUAAGCCAGGUGAGAGUGUGGUAGGAACCUUUGAGAUUCAAAAUCUGUGCCAGCUGCCAGCACGGUGGAGAAUGCAAGAAAGCCAGGUUUGUCUAGCUGAAAGGAAUGAAGAGGUGUCUCCCUUUACCAUUCAGCCAUCUGCUGAAGAAUUGCCUCCUUUGGGCACAUGCAGUGUGUCUGUUCAGUACACGUCAUUGCUGUGCCAGCGUCUCCAUACAGUCUUAGAACUAGAGGUAGAAGAUGGAGAAAAGAGUUACCUUCCUGUUUCUGUGGAAGUUCAGACCCCCCAGGCAUGCCUGUUAUCUAGUCAUCUAGUGCUCACUGAAAUGUAUACUGGAAUUCCUGUCCAAGCAACAAGCAAACUUUUCAACCAGACACGGCUGCCAGCAAAAUACUCAUGGGGAAAUCUCAUUGGAACUCAAGCAGCUUUCUGCUCUGCCACCAUCGCUCCAGCCAGUGGCAUUUUAACCCCAAAUGAAGAAAAAGAAUUCUGCAUAGAGCUGACAGCUAACAUCACAGGUGAGCUGAAAGGCCUUGCCCUUUCCUGUAGCAUAGAAGACAUGACUGAACCCCUCCUUCUGAGCAUUUCUGGAGAAGUAAAAGGAUUGCAUGUCACCUACUCAGUACCCUGUGAAGGUGGAGAUGCCAGUGAUGAAAGGAAAGUGUUACAAAGCCCAUGUGACCUUCUUUUGGACUUUGGAUCUGAAGUUGCAUUGAAAGACACAGUGAAACGUCAGCUGAUCCUUACCAAUCACACUGCAAUCAGUGCACUGUUCAGACUAGAAGCUGUGUAUUUUACUGGCUCUUCACCUACUCCAGAGCAAUCUAUCUCCCUCUCAUCGGGCUACCUGGUGAAAAGGAGAGGGCCCACCACGAAACAUGCAGCCAAAAGAGCACAGUCAGAGUUUGCAGCAGCAAUGCUGUCUCAUGGGAAGGGAGUAGCUUUCCAUAUACAACCUUCCUCAGGAACUCUGCAAGCCUUCCAGCGGCUAAUCAUAGAAAUAACAGCCUACAACAACAUGUGGGGAGAGUACAGUGAUGAUCUUGUCUGUAAGGUGGGAGACCUACAACCUACGUUAAUUCCUAUGCAAAUGACAGUGAAGGGCUGCCCGAUCUUCCUGCAGAUGACAGGACCACAAACGCAGUGCCCCAUAAUCAGGUUUGGCACUCAUGUCUCUGGAGGGUGUCCUGUCUUUCGCAGUGUCCGACUCAACAAUCCAACUCCCUUUGACAUUCGCCUGGACUGGGAAACUUACAACCAAGAGGAAGAUGAUAAAAAGCUGGUGGACCUGCUGAUGUUCUUUGGAGACCCUUUUCCUCCUAAGGACAUGGCAAAAAACGAGCCUGCAUCAACUGGUAGCAACUCAGAGAUCGUGUUAGGAUUGGAUCAGCCCCCCAUUCCCUGUGGAAGCAUUCAUCCAGCUUUGCAAACCACAGAUGAGUCUUCAAACACAGAGUGUGAAGAGGAAGGAAUAAUCACUCAAGAACCCACAAUGCAGAAAAUUGUCUCCGUGCUUCUACGGCCUCAUGAAGGGGUUCCUGCUGACAACCCCUACUCCAUCACUCCAAGACAGAUAGUGGUUCCGGGAGGUGGCAGCAGCUCCGUUUGCAUCUCCUUCACCCCUCAUGUCCUCCCGGAGUCCGUGGCUGAAGUGCGGUGUGAAGGGUUUGUGCUGGGAUUCAUGAGCCUGGAUGACAAGCUUGCAAAGACAGUUCCUGGCAGAGUCCAUCGCAGACAUGGUUACGAUGCUGCACCGUUACGGAUUGACGUGCGAGCUUCUGUAAGGCAACCUCUGUUAAAAGUAGACAUGGAUCAUGACAGAGGAAUGGUGUUUUAUUCUAUGGCAAGCGACCUCAUACCCGACCCGCCUCUGUUAGGAGUUUUGACAGCUUCAGUACUGACUCAGAGUCUGAAGCUCACCAAUUGCACUAAGGUUCCUCUGUACUUCAGGCUCCUGCUGUCUGCUCCCUUCAGCCUGACCAGCACAGAUCUCAAGAAGGGCACAAAAACAUCCCACAGUGAGAAGGAAGAAACAGAACAGCAACCACAACUUGUGCUUUACCCACAGCAAAACAUGCUGGUGAAAGUGUCAUUCCACACGACCCCGGAGUUGCUGACGUAUCAGCAUUUGCCAGACACCCAAGUAUUUCCUGGAUUUGAAGUGCUCCAGUUUGAGAGUGGAGAGAGAAAGCUCAAGUUCAGUCAGAAUCUGAUCAUCGAAUACAGUAACCACAGCACCCAGCUAGUCCCAGUGACUGCAUACCUUACUGUUCCAGUUCUGGAGCUGUCUUGCAACAUGGUUGAUUUCAAGACCUGCUUUGUUGCACAGACCAAGACUAAACAUGUCUUCCUGUGUAACAGGAGUGGCUGUAGAAUUUACUGGACUGCUUUGCUAGAUCAACAAGAAAGGCACAAUGACCUGGAAGUAUUUUCUGUUUCCCCUGCUAACGGCAUCCUGGAGGCACGUGAAGGGGAGCAACCUACCAAAGACAUGUUGCAGAUCACCUUUACUGCAAGGAGUGACACUGAAUAUGAAACAAUCCUGACAGUUACUGGGAUCCUGGGAGAGAAGCCUUGCAAGCUACAGAUCAGGGGACAAGGAACAUACGAUGGGAAGUAUGAAGACAUGUAUUGACUGAAGCAAGACAACGAGGGACAAAUGCCAAGGUAAAAAAUCAGCUGCAAAACCAGUAUAAGCUGAGCCUGUACUUUCAUUCAUUUCAGCUGCUACACAUGGACUGAAAUUUUAGCAGAAUAAAAAGUUAUGAGGAGAAAAAUACCCACUCAUGGUGCUUUGAAAAGUCGUAAUCCUAUCCUGUGCUGUGACUUGUAUUGCUGUGAUAAGCUUAUCAUUACCAGCAGAGCCAGGCUCUGCAAAAUGAUGUUUUAAAUUGCCAGCCAUGGUAACUGUUAGGCCAAAGCAGUGUUCAGCAAAAUAUGCUGCAAAUUACAGUUGAAACUACUGCUUUAAAAAAGUUUUUGUUUUGCCCUUUUAUGGGGGGAGGGAACAUUGUUUGACAAUUAGGGAACAGGACAGCAUUCCUGGGCUGUUUUCUCAGCACCUUCCAUGAAUAUGAGCAAAGCCACAGAGCCAACUUAACUUCCCACGGCCUCCUGUAUGUUUCAUCAUGCUGGGGUACUGAGAAGAGCCCCUUCAGCUAUUGGAAAGAGAAACCCUUCUGCCUUUUAAUUCCUUCCUUGCCUAUGGUUCCCAUAGACAUCUCUUCAGAUGUUUUUAGUAUUACUUCAGCUAAAGGUCACUGAAACUCCCACUUCUCAGGUUGUUUUCUACUCCCAUUGAGUGAGGGGAGGAAGGGGCUGCAAUCUACACUGGAAGAGAACAGAAGAUGGUAUCUCCCUUCUGCCUGCUUUAAAGCAGAACUUACUUUGUACAUAGGAAGUAACCUUAGUGUGCACAAAUGACUCUGAAGCUACUACUGCCUCUCUACCCCCACAAAUAAUUCCAUCUUUGAGCUGUGAAUACAUAUGAAGCUGUUGGGUGAGACUAAUGCAGGAAUGGAAGAACAUCAAAUGGCUCUAGCUAGUCCUGACCUUCAAAUAACAAUCAAAAUAAAAAGAAUGCAAACAUAGUGCAGGAGAACAACUGUAUUAUUAAGUGCAAAGACAAGAUCCAGGACAAAGAACCUCAGUCUGUUACAAAUUUAAACUUUCUAAUGUGUCAAAGGUGAUUACUGCAUUUCUUUUUCAGUCUAUUAGCUGAGAAUUUCACUGAUCUUUUUGUUCCCAAGAAGGAGAACAGAUAAUUUAAGAUUUUACAAGACAAAAUCAGUAUUAGCACUGAUGUACUGAGAUGUUGCCGAAGUUCAUGUAGUGCUGAAAUCUGCUUCAUAUAAAGAAUAACUCAUUAGGCUGAAACUUGUCUUCUAAGUUAGUCAUAGAAGCUCACAGAAAUACAUUGGACCAGCUGGAAUGGCCACUUUCAAACUCCUGGUUUCUAUUCAAUUCUUCAGCACCUUUGUAUUCAGACACUCCAACAGCUUGUUUGUACCUUGCUCCUGGGUAAAUGACUUUCUGCCCUUUCCAUUUUGCCCCGCUGGAAGUCUGAGAGCAGUGUGGUUUAAGAGAAAAAUAUACAAAGCUGAAGUACAUCUUGCAGCAUAUGGAGGCUUUAAGACAUUAGCCAAGUUAUGACACAGUGGGCAGGUGCACUUAGGUUAUCAAGGAAACGUGAAGUCUUUCAAAACCAGCCUUGCCAGACCUCCUGCAAGAUGGUGAAUUCUUCAAGAAAACGCUAGGAAGGCCAUUUCCUCUGCAAUGACAUUUUCAUUUUGGGAAGCAGUUUUAGAUUUGUCGUACAAGGAAAGAGUACAAUGAACUACACUGAUAAUAUUCACAGAAUAAAGAGAUGAAUUAGAUUAGAAGUAUUCGUUAAUAAUCAUCACUGUAGGGCCUAUAUUUGAACUUCAGCUGAACUCAUUCCUUCUCUCGUUAGGUUGCUUUUCAGCUCUGAAGCAGGUGCUGGUUUUCAUUCUCCCACUUGCACAUCAGCCCCGUAUGAUUCAUUGUACUUUGUGCCUGAAAUUUGUAAAUCUAGUAACAAAAACCCGAAUCCACUUGAUUUCAGAGUGCAAAUCAUUUGCUAGUACUGGAGAAGGCAGAGAAUGAACUGCUGUGUUGGGCUGUCAGUAUGCUGGAGUUCAGUUCCCUGGAUACUCAAAUACUGCUGCAGCUCCCAUGCCGGUUCCAAUGCACAUUGAUACAACACCAUAUGCUCUGAAAUGAAAGAAUACAGAGAAUUAGGAUAAACAUCAGGCUUGUACCACCUGGCAAGAAAAGAAAUCCAAUAACUUCCAGCUAUCCACCGCUCUCCAGUGUCACCAUAAAAUUCUAACUCCAUGUUCAAAGCUAUCAAAGCAAUGGGAGAAGGGCAAAACCCAAACCAAUGCCAUGCCUAAAUUACCUCUGGAUACACUGAAGGCCAGUACUGUUGUUUGGUGCUCACCUUUUCCCUCUACGCUUCAAUUCAUUGAGCAAAGUGACAACUUGACGAGCGCCAGUGCAGCCCAGCGGGUGCCCCAGUGCUAUUGCUCCUCCCAGGGGGUUGACCUUCUCCAGGGGAAUGCCCAGCUUCUCA